CUGGUCGUCGUUAGCUUCCGCUAACUCCGGAUGUACUUCCAAAGGGGGGCGUGGGAUACAGGUUUCUAGCCAAGGAGGCCCAACUCAGUCGGAGCAGGGCUGAGGUCUCGCUUUUGCUGCCUGCCAUGUUCGGCUGUUUAGUCGCAGGGAGGCUGGUCCAGACCGUGGCACAGCAGGUGGCGGAAGACAAGUUUGUGUUCGACUUGCCCGACUACGAAAGCAUCAACCAUGUCGUGGUCUUCAUGCUGGGCACCGUCCCCUUCCCGGAGCGCAUGGGCGGCUCUGUUUACUUCUGCUAUCCCAACGAGAACGGGUUAGCGGUGUGGCAGCUGCUGGGGUUUGUGACCAACGACAAGCCAAGCGCCAUCUUCAAAAUUUCUGGCCUGAAAACUGGGAAGGGCAGCCAACAUCCUUUCGGAGCCAUGAACAUCCCCCAAAUGCCUUCUGUAGCCCAGAUUGGGAUUUCCGUGGAGCUGCUGGAACUGUUGGCUCAGCAAACUCCUGUAGCAAGUGCCGCUGUAUCAUCGGUCAAUUCAUUCACAGAGUUUACUCAAAAGAUGCUAGACAAUUUUUAUAACUUCGCUUCAUCCUUUACUAUCACUCAAGCCCAAAUGGUGCCCAACCCAUCUGAAGCUUUCAUUCCUGCAAAUGUAGUCCUGAAAUGGUAUGAGAAUUUCCAAAGACGACUGACUCAGAAUCCUUUAUUUUGGAAAACAUAAUCUUGACUCAAGUUCUUUGAACGUACUCUAACAAUUGGUGGCAUCUUGAAGGACACAGCAUAUUGAGACUCAUCUCAAUGGAUUCAUUCAAAUUUGAGAAGAAGAUGAGAGGGGAAACACAGCUUUUGUAAUAUUUUUGGGACUCUGUUUAAAAUUAAAACCCUAAAAAGAG